AUUAAUUAAAAAAACAUUAAAUAAACUAUAGAUUCUCGCUAGCAGACGAUCAGCUGGGCAGUGACGCAACACACACGCCGACAAGAUGGGUAAGGGAUUCGGAGAGCUGGCCUAUGUGAGGGGGAUCAUCAAGUAUUCCCUGUCCCCCUUCGAGCAGAGAGCCUUCGCUGGGGCCCUCACCAGCGGCGUGCCUAACAUGUUCAGGAGGUUCCGGUCUCAAGUCCUGCGCAUCGCCCCUCCCUUCAUCAUGGCAUACAUGGUUUAUACAUCAGUGGAGGCUGCUCACCACAAGACCAUGAGGAAGAACCCAGCUGACUAUGAGAAUGAUGAGUAAAGGUGACUCUUCUGGCCAUGUUGUGCUAACCUGUGUAAAAACUAAGGUAAAAAUUGUAUAGAGAAAUUGAUUUUGUAUAUAUUCCCAGCCUCAGUUUUCUUUUUUUUAAUGUUGUAUGGAAGCAAUGAUAUUUUUUUGGUCCAUCUGAUAAUUUAUUGUGUACUUUAUCAUGUUGCUCCAUAAAUGAUUGUCGUAA